UCUCCUUAUUCUAUAUAAGCAUGAAGUGGAAGCCUAACCCACAAGGACUUUCAGAACUCUUAAACUUACUUCAAGACGCUAUACAGCCAAACAACCAAGAUCAGUUUUUGGUUCAAAAAGUAUACAGCUAUAAUAAAGAUCAAUAUCUUAUUAAAUGCAAAUUUAGAGACUAGCUUCUUUUAAUGCAAUUCCAGACUACAAUGCUUAUCUUGUCUAUAUACUCGUUUUAAUGAGAGACCAAGACAACUAUACCCGAGCCAUAGCAGGCUUAACAUUAAAGAACAACUUGCUGAAAAACUUUAACAAGACACCACUGUUUGUGUUGGAUUAUGUCAAGUCUGUGUGUCUACAGUCGCUUGACUCACCUGAUCCUGAUACAACCAUUCGAAGAACAAUAGGCUCAGUUAUGACGUCCAUUACUGUCCGUGGCCAAAUUCUUAAUUGGCCAGAAGCAAUGCAGGCGCUAGUGGGUAUUUUGGAAAAGAGCACUGAUCCACUUGCUAUUGACACGGCUCUUGAUACGCUACAAAAAAUAUGUGAAGAUAAUGCACCUGACCUAAAUGAAGCAGUAUUUGAUACUACGCCCAUUCUAGACUAUAUUAUACCCCAGAUCACAGCCUUUAUUGACCAUAAAAAUGAGCGUUUUCGUGUGCUUGCUGUCUCUGCUCUAAGUCAUUUUAUACAGCUCCGAUCACCUUCGUUACUUGCUCAUAUGGAUCAGUAUUUACAGUCCUUGUUUCGAAUAGCAUCAGACAAUAGCACUCAAGUGCGACAAGAGGUAUGUCGAUCUUUUGUGAUGUUACUAGAUCACUUUACCGAAAACUUGCUGCCUUAUUUAUCUUCUCUGAUUGAAUACAUGAUCUUUUGUCAUCAAUCAGAGGAUAGCAAAGUAGCACUUGAAGCUUGUGACUUUUGGCAUCAAUUUGCUCGAUUGGAAAAGAUCCGUGCUUAUUUGACACCCUAUUUGCUCCGUGUAAUCCCUGUUAUAUUGAGCUCAUUGGUUUACACAGACCAAGAUCUGAUCAUGUUUGGCAAUGAAGAAGAUGAAGAAGAAAACUCGAGUCCACAAGAUUUACAGCUUCGAUUCGGUAAUAGCUAUAUAAAAAUCAAUGGAAGACAUUAUCGACAUUACAGGGAAGAAGACGAAGAUGAAGAGGAUCCUGAAGAUGAAGAAUUCUUUUCAGAAUGGACGCUUCGAAAAUUUAGUGCAACCUCUUUAGAUGCACUUACAUCUGCUUUUACAUCUCAGGUGACAAACAUUCUAUUACCUCUUUUGAACAAUACUUGGUUUAGCGACGAUUGGAGAAUCGUUGAGAGUGGCAUACUUGCAUUGGGUGCAGCAGCAGAAGGUGGCUUUGAUAGCAUUGCACCUCAUCUUCCUGAAUUAAUACCUUUACUCAUCUCAAACAUGUCAAAUCCCAAUGCGCAUGUGCGUUACAUUGCAUGCUGGACUUUAAGUCGGUUUUCUAGCUGGAUUGUAGCACAAUGCGAUGACUUGAAUGAGGGCCGUACAAGAUUUUAUGAGCCUGUUUUGAGGGAAUUACUGCGUCGUAUAUUAGAUAAGAAUAAACGAGUACAAGAAGCUGCUUGUUCAGCUUUCUCGACAUUAGAAGAACACGCUUCUUCUGAAGAACUGGUGCCUUAUCUACCCGUCAUCUUAAACCAUCUUACAAGAGCACUUAGAUUAUAUAAAAACCGAAAUUUGCGACUAUUGUAUGAUACGAUUGGUACUUUAGCAGAAUCAGUAGGGUCUUCAUUAAAUGAACCUGCAUGCAUUGCUGUGUUAAUGCCACCACUGAUAUCAAGAUGGAAUCAUUUGGAAGAUACAGACUCAAACCUUUUCCCUCUACUCGGUUGUUUAACAGACAUUGCUACUUCAUUAGGUGUGGGUUUUUUGCCAUUUACAGAGCCUGUAUUUACACGAUGUGUUAUGCUUGUUUCUACAACAUUACAAAAUGCAAUACAAGACCCUAGUUAUCAUGAUUUUGAUGAUGAUAUGGACGACGAAUUUAUAGUUGUUCCUCUUGAUUUACUGUCUGGUAUUGUACAAGGACUGGGGAACACAGUAGAACCCUUUGUUAAAAAAUCAACUUUAUUACCAUUACUCGCUGUGUGUUCACAUUAUGAUUCACGGUAUGAAGUACUUCAACCAACUUAUGCUUUAAUAGGCGAUCUUGCCAAGGCUUGUUUUACUACUCUUGACCCUUACCUGGAAAAUAUUAUGCCUGAACUUAUACGUCAACUCAAGAAUGACGAUAUGUCUUAUAAAUCAGUGCGUAAUAAUGCCAUUUGGGCUAUAGGUGAAAUAGCUAUUCGAUGGCGAAAAGAAAACAUGGAGAAAUACGUAGAGUCUAUUCUACAAACAUUGAUUCCGCUGAUCCAUUCACAAGCUUAUACAGAACUUCAUGAGAAUGCAGUCAAUACUAUAGGUCGAUUAGGUAUUCAUAAUGCAGAAAUGAUUGCUUCUGCCUUACCUUUGUUUGCUCGAAAUUGGCUUUAUUUGUCAAGGAACAUAAGAGAAAAUGAGGAAAAAGACAGUGCUUUUCAAGGAUUUUGUCAUGCCGUCAAAAUUUAUCCUCAAUGUCUAAAUGAUGUGUCAAUAAGGAUUAUGUUUGAUCUUAUUAGAAAAUGGCAGCAUCCCUCAGACACUCUUCAACUAUUGUUUGAUGAGGUUGUUGCAGGAUAUCAUGGACUAUUGAAUUCAGAACAAUGGCAACUCGUAACAACAGGACUUUCAAGCACUCGCUCUUUCUGACAACAACAACAAAAACCUAAAGUGUAUUUCUAUCUAUUAAAUUAUUGACAUUAUGAAAAAGCAUAUAUAACCGUUGACCCUAAAACAGGGAUGUUCAUGAUAAAAAUAAGUUGUUUUCUAUGUAUCACAAUCUACAUGACUUUAUGUAACCGUAUAUGCCUGCGCAAUAAUAUG